CAUUAUGGUAAAAUGUCAUUCACCGACAACAAUUAAAAAAUGUCGGAAUCGUGUCAAGACGGUAAUUGUCACGGAAAUAAUGAAUUUGGACCAGAAGAAUCACCCACCAAACUUAUUGUCAAUUACAUUCCCGAAGUCAUGACCCAGGAUAUGAUGUUCUCGCUAUUUUCGACAAUGGGCAAAUUGGAAAGUUGUAAACUGAUAGCAAACCGAGGCUAUGGGUUCGUCGAGUACACACGUCCCGAGGAUGCUGUAAAGGCCCGCAAGGCUUUCAACGGUCUUCUGAUGCAAAACAAGACUUUAAAAGUGUCCCAUGCACUUUUAAAUCCAGAAGCAAAACCCCCGUCGAAGCCAGAAGCCGACUGGAAUCUUUACAUUUGUAACCUGCCUAACGAAUUGACCUUGCAAGAUUUACAUGGACUGUUUGCACAAUUCGGUAAAAUAGUUAAUUCUCGCAUAGCAGCGGGUAUCGCCUUCGUGUUAUAUGAACAUCAAUAUGAAGCGGAGAGAGCCAUACAAAAUAUAAAUGGCACUACACCACCUGGCUUUUUACACCCUUUAACAGUUAAGUAUGCUAAUAAAAGUAAUCCUAAUAAGCAUAAAAAUAAUAAUAAUAACUUUUCUAAGAAUCCAUUAGUGAGGCCUUAUCAUUGGAUCAACCAUAUGAGUGGUAUGGGUGAUCAUAACUCGCCAAGCACAUGGUCUAUUUAUAUUUAUAAUAUUGCCCCAGAAGUUGAAGAGUUAACUUUGUGGCAGCUAUUUGGUCCAUAUGGUGCUAUUGUAUCAGUUAAGAUUAUUAAAGAUCAUCAAACUAAUAAAAGUAAAGGUUUUGGUUUUGUCACAAUGAGGAACUAUGAUCAGGCAGCUAUGGCGAUACAGGCAUUAAAUGGCUAUGUUGUGCAUGGGCAACCUCUGUCUGUUAGUUUUAAAACCCAAAAGAGAUAAUGCUUAAACAAGACUUGUAAUAAAAUAUCAAUACAGUAAUAAACAAAUAGACAAGGAUACCUUAUGAUCGGCAUCAUCGGAAAUAUGUACCACAUCGAAUAGUUCCAAAUUUAAUCCCAUAUAUGCCUUAACUAUGUGUGAAGUCGGUUGACACUUGUUGAAAAUUAUUAUAUUACUUUGAGCUAUCGACAUUGUUAAGUUUGUUUAUGAAUAAUAAUUUAUUCAGUUUGCUCGUUAAAUGUUUCAAGUUUACUAGAAGUUAAAGAUUUGUAUUGAAUAUGAUUGUUGUUUGGAAGUUCAAUGUCAGUUGUGAGCUGUAUGCUUUCAUUAUUUUUAUCUAUUAUUUAAGUAUAAUAAACCAUUUUAAAGAAAGUGCUUUUACAAGAUCUUACUAAUUGAUAAGCCACAUUGAGAUGUUUAAUCUGCUACUAGUUUUAGUUGUACACUUUUUAUAACAUGAUGUCUAUUUAGGUAGUGAAAACGAAAUCUAGAUUAUAUCAUAUUUAUACAUUUAGUAUAAAAAUUUGCUGAAUUAAAGUUCAUUUUCACAAUUUUAA